AUGAAAAGUUAUAUCCUAACAGACAACAUAAAAAGCAUUUCAUCUAUUAUAUAUAUUUUUUUUAUUAGUAUCUUUAUGAUAAUAUCAGCUCUUGUAGGAAGUCUUUUUAUUUUUAUUAUAAGAUAUAUUAUUGAGAUUCAAAGGCGUUUAUCAUUUCAUAGUUGGAACAAACAGACCAAACAAAUUAUAAAACUAAAAAAAACUCUAAGGGAAGAGAAACAAAAACUAUCAACUACAAAUAUUGAAGAAAUUUAUAACUUAAUUAACGAUUCCAUAGGAAAUUGUUACAAUGAGGACAAAAAAGAAAAGGAGACAAAUUGGAACAUUGUGAACAAUUUGGAAAAAAUUUUAAAUAUUUUAAAAGAGGAUAAUUUAUUUUCUCCCGAUUUAAAAACUAUAAAUAAAAAGAGUUAUAACCAUAUAUAUGGUUAUAUUAUGGAUUUAAAAAAAGACAAAGAAAUAAUAAAUGAUAAAAUCGAAUCUAAGGAAGAUCUAGAGACAGAAUCCGAAUCAUGUUGUGCGAACGAGGGUCCUGAUGAAUCAAAGGAAGGAUCACAAAUUGAAUCGAUAUUCGAAUCAAUCUCAGAUUUUAAACUUAAGAGAAAAUCAGAUUUGACAUACGCAAGCAGCUAUGAAGAAAAAGGGAACAAAAAUUUGAAAUAUGAUUUUAACAUGAACAUGGAUAAAGAAAUUAUCGAUAUUGACACAUGGAACACCAACUUUUUGGAUCGGAAAACACCAAAUAGUGAUGCAUUUAUUAAAAUUGGAUAUAUUUUAUUGAAUAAAUAUUAUACUUCUAAUCAAAAUAUACCUGUUAAAACUUUGUACUCCAUGCUUUAUGAAAUGAAAAAAGGAUAUAACGACGUUCCAUACCACAAUUCUAUCCAUGCAGCUAUGGUAACGAAACAUUGCAGCAUAUUAAUCACGAGUUUAGAUACUGUAAAUAUAUUAAAAGAUAACGAAAUGGCCGCUUUCUUAAUAUCUGCUUUAGGGCAUGAUAUAGGACAUUUUGGAAGAACAAACAUGUUCCUCAAGAAUUGCUCAAACUUUUUGAGCAUAAUUUAUAAUGAUAAAUCAAUAUUAGAGAAUUAUCAUUGCUCAUAUCUAUUUAGCAUAUUAAGUAAAGAAGAGCAUAAUAUUUUCAAAAAUGAAGAUUUAAAAAUACUAACAAACCUGAGACAACAAAUAAUAGAAGUAAUUUUAGCAACUGAUAUGAGUAAGCAUAUUAAAAUAUUAGCGCAGUUUAGAAUUAAGUCAAUUAAAAUAAAAUCUUAUAUUGAAAAAAAUAUUGUCCUUUGUUUAAAAAUGAUAAUAAAAGCUGCUGAUUUGUCUCAUAAUUCUGUUGAUUGGAGUGAGCAUUAUUUAUGGGUCAAAAGAUUAGUAAAUGAAUUUUAUUUAGAAGGAGAUGACUUAUUAGAAAGAGGUUUUGAACUUAACCCAUUAUUUGAUCGAAAGGCUCAUAAUAAUUUUAUACAAGUUCAAAGAACAUUUUUAAGAGAACUUGUCUUACCCUUAAUAAGUUCUCUCAAGACUCUUGACACUAGCACCAUUACCCAAUUAAUGCUGAAUCAAGUUAAACGAAAUUAUUCCAAAUGGGCAAAAAUUGAAAAAGAUGAAACAAAAAAAGCGAAAUAUUUAAAUGAAUUAUUAGCUGAUGUCCCCAAUUCAUGGAAAAAUGCUUAUAUGCCGAAUUUUAGUAUAUAUAAAUUAUAA